UGGGUAUGAAUAGAUAAAUCAUCAGGGUGGACAAAAUCAAAUAAAAUACCACUGUGUGGUCUUGUAAUUAAUGGACUACAUUGCAAAAUAAGUUAAAGAGAAAGAAACAAAGAUGGUUGGAUAUGGAAGAGCUGUAUACUCUUGUGAUAGUGGAUUUCUACUGCCAUGUUUCAUUCAAAUUGCUUCGCAGAGUUGUGUCAUGGAGCCUUUGAUUUCAUUCGAAAACAAAGUAGAGAUGAAAGAGCUGUCAAACCUUGAUAUAAACCGUUGUUGCAAUACUCAGAACCACGGCAGCACACUUUUUUCCUCUACCACUCCUUUCGCGCCGCUCGCAUGAAGGAAGCAAAUUUUUUUUUUUUUUUUAUAUAUCGACGGGUUUAUGUAGGAAGGGUUUGUUUCAAUGUACAAAAAGAAAGAAAAUUUCAAGG